CUGCAGCGGUUAGUGGAGGGGUCAGGUGUGUCUGGAGGGGGUAGUGGGGAGGGAGGAGGAGGCCAGCUUCAACGAUUCUGCCCUGGAAUUUCAUUAUGGAGUCAACUCCGGUUCAUAGAACGGGCGACUAUUGUUGAAAAAGUUGUCUUUUUAGUUUGUCGACUGGCAGAAGUGUUCAGGUGUACCGUGUGUGAUGUGUGUGUCGGCGCGGCGCUAGUCGGGCGAGCGAUGCCUCGCGAGCGCGCCGCCGCGGCGCACUCUCUACUGAUAGCGCUGUGCUUCAUAUCAUACGGUCAGUUAAAUUAUUUAAUAAGUUACAAAUCACACAAUCAAGACCGGUUGUUGUCAUAUGAAUUGGCUGGUAGCCUCACUGUACAUUCCGUGAUGACCCUUCGUAUCUCUAGUAUCGGGCCGAACCCUUUUAUCUCGUCUCCUUCAAUGUGUAUCGCGGACAAACUCGCUGAGGGAUGUCACAUUAAACAUUACGACCGACUGUUUUGA